AUGGCUAUCCACACGGAAGGCGUGAUUCCGCGGUCAAUCCUUACGUCAGAGAAGCCCACUGUAGAGAUCGUGGAGACUGUCAAGCCUAUUGAGCUCAAGACCGUCACCGACUUGCUUCUGAAGCGCGUGGACGAGGCACCAGAUGUCGAUGUCUUGGCCUACCCCGCUACGGCGCGCGGCAGAGACGACUAUGUCAACUACACAGCCAAGGACCUCGAUCGCUUCUCCGAUGAAGCCGCGCGCAAGUAUGCCCAGGCUGGUCUUCUCCCAGAGAGGAAUACGCAGACUAACAACGACCAGAACCCUUCGUCAAACCAAGCAGAGGUCGUUGCCCUCCUAGCAAACUCAGAUAUCAACUAUGUCGUCUCCAUGUUCGCCCUCUCAAGAAUGGGCUUCGCCGUGCUCUACCUCUCAACACGUCUCUCUCCAGAGGCCUACGCCAACCUCCUUAAGAAGACAAAUUGCAGCAGAAUCGUCAUCUCGGAGCGGUACAGCGACAUGGCCUCCCAAAUCAAUGCCGAGUCACCCAUCACCACUUUCAACAUCCUUGACAAGGCCGACUACGACCUCCCGACUCCCUCGGGCGACCGAUUCCCCGUAUUCACGCACCCCGACGCCGGCAAGCGCAUCUCCUUCAUCGUACACUCAUCCGGCUCGACAGGUCUGCCCAAGCCAAUCUUUCAGACGCACGCGGCGUGCAUCUCAAACUACUCCAGCGGCAUUCCCUACCGCGCGUUUUUGACCUUGCCGCUUUUCCACAAUCAUGGAAUCUCGACGCUGUUCCGUGCCAUUGUCGCCGGUCACAGGAUCGCCAUCUACAAUGCCAACUUGCCACUUUCUGGAACUACGUUGGUCAAGGCCAUGAACGCUACAGAGCCCGGCAGCUUGCACUGCGUGCCCUAUGCACUGAAGCUUCUCGCGGAGACGGAGGGAGGUAUCGAGGCGCUGCAGAGACUCAAGCUUGUGUUGUACGGCGGCAGCAGUUGCCCCGAUGACUUGGGUGAUCGACUCGUUGAGGCGGGCGUGUAUCUCGUCGGACACUAUGGGGCCACCGAGAUGGGCCAGCUCAUGACCUCGUUCCGCGAGCCCGGGGACAAGUACUGGAACUACAUGCGGCCCUUGGCAUCAGCCAAGCCGUGGCUGCGCAUGAUUCCCAUCGCAGGCGACGUCCACGAGUGCGUCGUUCUUGACGGUCUUCCGUCAAAAGUUAUGUCCAACUCGGACGACCCGGCUCCCAACUCCUACCGCACCCGUGACACUUUUGUUCCUCAUCCCACGAUCCUAGACGCCUGGAGGUACCUAGGCCGUCUUGACGACCGUGUAACCCUGGUGAACGGCGAGAAGGUCCUGCCUAUUCCCUACGAGAACCACAUCCGUGAGCACGAGCUCGUCCAAGAAGUCGUCGUCUUCGGCGUCGACAAGUCUAUCCCUGGCCUCGUCAUCAUCCCCAGCGAGAACGCAAAGGGUCUCUCAAAGCCCGACAUUCUCAAGACCCUGAGCCCCGUCAUCGAAGAAGCCAACGCCCGAGCCGAGGCCUUUGGCCGCGUCUCGCCAGAGAUGAUUGAAGUGGUAGACAUUGGCACAGAGUACCCCCGCACGGACAAGGGCACCGUCAUCCGCGCCGCCUUUUACAAGCAAUUCGCAGACCUCAUCGAGGACGUCUAUAGACGCUUCGAGGCGCCCAAAGACGACGUCACCGGUGGCGAGCUGCUCACCCUCGACCUGCCGCAGCUCCAAGACUACCUCCUCAACCUCUUCAGCUCGACGUUGGGCUUCUCCAAGGUCGAAAAGGACACCGACUUCUUCGAGGCCGGCGUCGACAGUCUCCAGGCCAGUACCGCGCGCGGCCAUAUCCAGCGCGGCGUCGACCUCGGCGGCAAGACCCUGGGCCAGAACGUCGUCUUCGAGUACCCAAACGUCCUCUCCUUGUCCAAGCACGUCUACGCCCUCCGCACAGGCGAAUCUGUAGAUGCCGAAGACGAGAUCGAGGUGAUGAAGAAGCUCAUUGCAAAAUACUCUGACUUCUCCGAGCGCACGCCGGGCAACAUCACCCCGGAAGGUGAGACCGUCGUCCUCACAGGCGCGACGGGCUCCCUCGGCGCACACCUCCUCGCCCAAGUCGUCCGCCAACCCUACGUGAAGGCAGUGUACUGCUUCGCACGCGCCGCCUCCGCCGAAGAAGCCGAAUCCCGCGUCCUCGCCUCCCUAACCCCCAAGGGCCUCAGCCUCUCCGAAGCAGACAAGGCGAAAGUGCGCUACCUGCCGACGAACCUCGGCCUUCCUGACCUAGGCCUUCCCGCCGACGCCGCCGCCGAGCUCCGCCGGUCCCUGACGACGGUGAUCCACUCGGCCUGGGCCGUCAACUUCAACCUUGGCGUCGCGAGCUUCGAGGCGCAGCACAUUCGCGGCGUGCACAACCUGCUCAACUUCUGUCUCAGCACCGAAACGGUCGCACCCGCAAGAUUGUUCUUCUGCUCGUCUAUCUCGGCGGCGGCGGGCACGCCUAUCCCAGCGAGGGUGAAGGAGACGUACGUUGAGAAACUGGAACACGCGCAGAACAUGGGCUAUGCCCGGUCCAAGGUCGUUACGGAGCACAUCGUCAAGGCUGCGGCGACCAAGACGGGUAUGACGGCGAGGGUUCUGAGAUUGGGUCAGAUUGUGGGCGACUCAGAGGGCGGCGUGUGGAAUCAGACGGAGGCUAUCCCGUUGAUGAUUCGCAGCGCAAAGGUCAUCAAGGUGUUGCCCGCUCUGGAAGAGACCCCCUCAUGGAUGCCAGCCGACAAAAUGGCCCUCGCCGUCCUCGAACUCGCGCGCCUCACCGGCCCACGCUGCACGUCCUGCGGCGCACCACCCUCCUCUCCCGACGACGCGGACCUAGACCUCGUAUAUCAGGUCCAGAACCCGCGCCUGUUCCACUGGACCUUCGACUUCCUGCGAGCCCUCCGCGACGCCGGGCUCGAGUUCCAGAUCGUCUCGCAGCGCGAGUGGGUGCGCCGCCUCCGCGAGUCCGACCCGGACCCGGAGCAGAACCCAACGUACAAGCUGUUGGGCUUUUUUGAGGACAAGUAUGACAACGACAGGCCCGGUCGUCAGGGUCUCGUGUUUGAGACGGAGAGGACGGGCCAGAGGAGCGCUGCUGUCGGGGACGGGUGGGAUGUUGUUGGGAGCGGGCUUGUUGAGAGGAUGUGCUGUUUGUCUGGAUAUCAUGACUGUGAGAGAAAUUGGAGUUUCUACAUUUCGAUCAAGUCUGCCCGCGGAGAUAUUAGCACAAUUCUGGUUUUCUAUGCCAUUACAGAUCUUACAAUGAGGGGAGAUGUUCAGGAACGCGGCGGCUGGUCGGCAGCCUUGGGAGUUGUGAGCUGUGACUUUUCGAGACCAGCCGGUGAAGCAAGACACCUUCUCAUAAGCGCAGCCAGUCACAGUAAUCCCCUCUCGCAGGAAGGUCUUGGGACGGAUUCCCAGCCAUUCCACAUCACCAACCUUGAAAGAUUCAGAGGUCGUCUCCAAUUCCCAUCUUCUUCUCGACUUUCUCUCUUACGCAGCGUCUUCACCCAUAGCGCAGUCCUCACGACAGCGGUCAAAGCCUUCACCCCGCUCAAUAUUACGGCGCUCUCAACCCGCGACGGCUACUCCGUCAUCGAAUGCUGGCAACUCACCUCCGUCCCCGUCGAAGCCCGCGCGGCUCUCAACUACGCCGUCGGCGGCGACCUGACGCGCGCAGAGUGGUCCAUCAUACAGCCCAGGACGACGGUGGGAGAGGCCUGGGCGCCGGCUGUGCAGAACAAGGAGGACUCGAAAAUCAUCCUCAACGGCCUAAUCCGCAUCACAUCGCCAGCACCGCCAAGGAACGCGUCGCAGGCCACGCCGUCACUCUCGCCACCAGGAGGCAGCAGUGGCGACGAAGUAUCACCACCUCCGGCGCAGACGACGGCGUACAUUCAGCCAGGCACGGUAUCCUCGUCGCUCGUCAUCGCGGCGGACUUGAAGAACGCGAGCGUGCACGCGGGACACUUUACCGAGUUCCCCGGCGACGAGCCGACGGUGCUGGUGCAGGUGCCGUUUGCCGGGAACGCGGCGCCGGAGCAUGUUGUUCUGGGAGAGGGGCCGUGUGAGAGGGGGAGUUGGGGCGCCGCGAUGGGCGGUGGCAUCUGA